CGGAAACUGGCACGUAAACCUACCAGCUAACCGCAGCCCAGUUCAAAAUACCGAGGAUUUUGAUAAAACAGCGGUGGCAAACGACGUGGGGAUUUUAACCCUCUUCCGAACGCAGUGCUGAGCCGAAUAAGACCCCUGUGCGGCAGUGCAAAGAUGGAGCUGAGGGGAGUCUGGUGUGUGUUGUUGACCUGUCUAUUUUACACAUCCUCUGCUGACAAAGAUUUCUUCACUUCCAUCGGUCAGAUGACAGAUCUGCUGUACACAGAGAAGGACCUGGUCACCUCUCUGAAGGAUUACAUCAGAGCUGAGGAGAGCAAACUAGAGCAGGUCAAAAAGUGGUCUGAGAAGCUGGAUGUGUUGUCGGCCACGGCCACUCAGGACCCAGAGGGCUUCCUGGGCCACCCGGUCAACGCCUUCAAGCUGAUGAAGAGGCUCAACACCGAGUGGGGAGAGCUGGAGAGCCUGGUCCUCAAGGACAUGUCUGAUGGGUUCAUCUCUAACCUGACCAUCCAGAGACAGCACUUCCCCAAUGAUGACGAUCAGACUGGGGCAGCCAAGGCCCUGAUGAGACUCCAGGACACCUACCGGCUGGACACACACACCAUCUCCUCAGGAGAGCUGCCCGGAACCAAUAAGGAUGUCACUGUGAGCCCUAUGACGGUGGAGGACUGCUUUGAGCUGGGGAAGAUAGCCUACUCUGAUGCCGACUACUACCACACAGAGCUGUGGAUGGAGCAGGCUCUGAAACAGCUGGACUGGGGAGAGGAGUCCAACGUGGACAUGGUCACCAUCCUAGACUACCUCAGCUACUCCAUCUACCAGCAGGGGGAGCUAGAGAAAGCCUUGGACUACACCAAGAGACUACUCAAAUUAGACUCUGCCCACCAGCGAGCCAACGGCAACCUGAAGUACUUUGAGUACCAGCUGGCCAAGCAGAACAAGGUGGAGGCGGAGGAGGGCCAGAAGGAGAAGGAGAAGAGAGAGCGGGAGAAGAGAGAGGCGUCUGACAAGAAGGGCAGACCUGCAGACUACCUGCCUGAGAGGAGGAAAUAUGAACAGCUUUGUCGUGGAGAGGGCAUCAAGAUGACCCCGCGGCGUCAGAGUCGUAUGUUCUGUCGUUACUCUGACAACAACCGCCACCCCCUGUACGUGCUGGGUCCCGUCAAGCAGGAGGACGAGUGGGACCGCCCACGCAUCAUCCGUUACCAUGACAUCCUCUCCAACAGCGAGAUCGAGAAGGUCAAAGAGCUGGCCAAACCCAGGCUGCGCCGGGCCACCAUCUCCAACCCCAUUACUGGUGUACUGGAGACCGCCCACUAUCGCAUCAGCAAGAGGCGUGCCACCGUGCAUGACCCCCAAACUGGGAAACUCACCACAGCCCAUUACAGAGUCUCCAAGAGUGCAUGGCUAACCGCCUACGAAGAUCCAGUAGUGGACAAGAUAAACCAGCGCAUUGAGGAUAUCACCGGCCUGAACGUCCAGACUGCAGAGGAGCUACAGGUGGCAAAUUACGGCGUGGGCGGGCAAUACGAGCCCCACUUUGACUUUGGACGGAAAGAUGAACCGGAUGCAUUUAAGGAGCUGGGCACCGGGAACCGCAUCGCCACCUGGCUCAUUUACAUGAGUGACGUGCCUUCAGGGGGCGCCACUGUCUUUACUGAUGUGGGAGCUGCAGUGUGGCCCAAAAAGGGUAGUGCAGUGUUCUGGUAUAACCUGUUUCCCAGUGGGGAGGGUGACUACAGUACGCGGCACGCAGCCUGCCCUGUCCUAGUGGGCAACAAGUGGGUGUCUAACAAGUGGAUUCACGAGCGAGGCCAGGAGUUCAGAAGACGUUGCACUCUGAACGAGUCGGAAUGAUCAAACUGAAUGAUACUGUCCUCCUCCUGACUCUCGGCUCUGUGGACGCUGACCUCUCCACGCCCUUCCUCUCCUCCUCCUCUUCUCAAAACUCAGUGUUCACUGAGGCUCUGGCUGCUCAUGUGAUGUCACAUUUUAUUUAUACCUGAGGUGUGUGUGUGGGUGUGUGGUUCACCAGUGGGUCCGAAGCGCUUCGGUCCCAGUCUGUGCCUUCCAUCAUGGGUUUUGCACACUCCGACUGCACAGCUGUCUUUAAAACCUGAGGAACUUUUAUUUCACUCUCACCCUUAACAGGGACUUUUAUGUUGAUACUAAGUUAACUAGAGCAAGCAACAAGGCUGCUUCUCCCUGUCAACUUCCUACACAUUACAUCCUUUGGUGUGCACUACUCUUUUCCUUUACCUGAAACACUCCUUCAUUCUAACCAUCACUCCAAUCCCCUCCUCCCCCACUGCUUCCCAGCACACAGAGGACCGAGACCAGUUAUAAAUGCACUGUCACUGUCCGUUUCUCCCACAAUGUCCCCCCAUUCCCUCCCCCUCCUCAUUAACAGAUCAGAAUCAGAUGACCCCACGUCAUAUCAGGGGGGGGGGUACCGAUGUCCCUGGGGGGGGUGGGGGUCAAUGUAAAUAGUCUGGGUGGCCAUCAGCAGUCUUAUGGC